AUGAUGAACAAGCACCGAGGGAAGGAUAAGGUGGUGCUGGUAUUGGGUGCCACUGGCACAGGCAAAUUGCGCCUGGCGAUAGACCUAGCCACCCGUUUCGGGGAAGAGGUCAUCAACUCGGACAAAAUUCAAGUCUACAAGGGCCUAUAUAUAGUAACUAAUAGGGUGAGCAAUGAGGAAUGUCGUGGCGUGCCACAACAUUUGCUCGCAAUCGUUGAUCCCGAGGUGGAUUUCACUGUACAUGAUUUUGUGCAUCAUGCAUUGCUGGCUGCUGAUACUAUUGUACAAAAGAAUCGGCUGUCAAUCAUUGUUAGAGGGUCCAAUUCCUUCAUACAGGCUAAGAUUCUUAAGACAACUAUUGAUAAAAUUAAUAUGAACACUUGGAAAUUAGCUUGCCGUCAAGUUGAAAAUAUUUCGAGGAUGAAGGAGGAAUUUGGGUGGCAAAUCCAUUGGUUGAACGCCACAGAGGUAUUCCUUCGACGUGGUGGAGAUGCUAAUGAAGCAUGGAAGAAAUUCGUGCUGGAGCCUAUUACGAACAUUGUGGCUCGUUUCAUUUGCAAAGAAAACAUAGAUCCGAAACCGACUGUCGGUACUCCAUCCAUUGCCGUUGCAGCAGCUACUACAAACAACUGGUGGAUCUGA